GGGUUGUGAGUUUUCUCGACCCAGAAAAAUUUAGAAAUACACAAGGAUUUCAAGAUGUUUCGUUUUUGAUUCAGGUUGAAAAAAGUGAGGAUGAAGAAAAGACUGCGGAACUAUGUUUUCUCGAUGUUGAUACGGUUACAGAAAUUCAAGUUCCUAAUGAUAUUGAAGUUGAAGAAAUUAAUGAAUUAGAUCAGAAAAAGAUUAAAAAACCUUUUCGUAAUUCAAAUAUUUUUUUGAUUAAUCAUCCAAAAAAAUAUAAUAUUUUAUUAAAAAAAAAGAAAAUUUACGCUUUGAUUUCUGAACAAAAGAGAUAUACUAUUCAUAAUUUCAACAAACCUGAUACCCUCAAACAAUACGAAUUAGAAAAACGUAUUAACAAGGCUUUAAAU